UUCCGGCUACAUUUUUUUCAGUGAGGACCAAAAAAGAGCGAUGUGGCUCGCCGGUCGCGCAUUUAGGGCAUCUUCGGGUGCGAAAUGUAGUGGGGAUGGUUUGAUUAGAGCCGCAACGGCGUCGUUUUCGAGGUACUUUUCUCAGGAACGCGCCGAGAAUUUGAGGAAGAUAAACCCUAAGGUGAGUUUUCCGGAGGCGAAUACAAUUGCGAGGGAUCUAUACGACGUCGUCAAGCAACAUGGACCUAUCACCAUCCCCAAUACUUGGGCUCAAGCCAAGGAGUCUGGUGUCAGUGGAUUGAAUAGCAAAACACACAUGAAGAUAAUGCUCAAAUGGAUGAGAGGAAGGAAGAUGCUGAAGCUGUUUCCCAACCAAGUUGGUUCAAACAAAAUUUUUUUGUUAUGUACACUACCUGAAGACCCUCAUGUUACUGAGUUUAUAAAAUCUACUGCAGUAAAAGUGCAGUCUAAGAAGCCUUCCUCCAAGAAGAAAAAGCAAAAGCAAAGGAGGUAGCUCUGUGUCAUAGCAUCUGCUUCAGGCUGGGACCUGUCUGCUUCAUAUAAACCAUUGCGAUUCCAGUGCUCCUUUUGGUUGGAUGAGAAAUUGAUCACUUAGCUUCGCCCCUUUUCACAAUGCAUUUCUUAUUGUAGCUUACUUUGUAUUGUUUAGGAUGACAAGUUGGAAUAUCUAGAAUAAUGUUGGUGGCAGAUGUUAUUUUGAAUUU